AUGCCUGGCUUCGACUUCUCAAACUACAACCGCAAUGCGGCACUACACGCCCGGGGAGUGCCGCUGCCCAAGGCGACCAGCACAGGAACGACUAUUGUCGGGUGCAUAUACGACGGUGGUGUGGUGAUCGCUGCCGACACAAGAGCCACCUCGGGCCCCAUCGUCGCCGACAAGAACUGCGAGAAGCUGCACUACAUCGCGCCCAACAUCUGGUGCGCGGGCGCGGGCACGGCCGCCGACACCGAGUUCACAACCGCACUGAUCAGCUCGCAGCUGGAGCUGCACUCCCUCUCGACCGGCCGCAAGGCCCGCGUGGUGACGUGCAUGACGAUGCUCAAGCAGCACCUGUUCCGCUACCAAGGCCACAUCGGGGCCUACCUAGUCGUGGCGGGCGUGGACCCGACGGGCACGCACCUCUUCACGGUGCACGCGCACGGGUCGACCGACAAGCUGCCGUACGUGACGAUGGGCUCGGGCUCGCUCGCGGCCAUGUCGGUGUUCGAGACGCAGUGGAAGGCGUCGCUCACGCAGGACGAGGCGGUCAAGCUGUGCGCGGACGCGAUCGAGGCGGGCAUCUGGAACGACCUGGGGUCCGGCAGCAACGUGGACGUGGCCAUCAUCACGGGCGAGAAGACGACGCUGCGGCGCAACUACAUCAAGCCCAACGAGCGCACCCAGAAGCUCAAGAGCUACGCCUUUCCCAAGGGCACCACCGCCGUGCUCAACGAGAAGAUCAUUCACAAGGCGGACCUGAGCAAGUUUGUCAGCGUGCACGAGCUGACCGAGGAGGGCGGCGACAAGAUGGAGGUGGACACCUAG